AUGAAUUUUGAUCUACCGCAAGAUCUAAAAUCCCAUCUGCAGUCCAUCGACUCCUUCAUCAAGUCUACAAUUCUUCCUCUGCAGCAUUCCAAUGAUAACGAUCGUUUCUUCGACCACCGCCGCGAAUAUGCUCGAACCGACUGGGAGAAAAAUGGGAAUCCUCAUCCAGAAUGGGAAGACUUAUUGGAGCAGACUCGGCAUCUGGCCGAUGGAGCAGGCUUCUACCGGUUCGCACUCCCCAAGCAAUAUGGUGGCCAAGGACAUCAAGAGACAAACCUGUGGAUGUCUGCGAUCAGAUUUCACCUGUCAUCACAUCCCGUCUACGGAGGUGGCCUCGGACUCGCAAAUGAUCUACAGAAUGAACACAGUAUCAUCGGAAAUUUCCCGGAUGUUCUUAUGAUCCAUCAUUUCGGUAGCGAAGAGCAGCGCCAGACUCUCAUUCCUGCGCGUCUUCGUGGAGAGUUUAGAACAACAUUCGGUUUAACAGAGCCAGAUCAUGGCAGCGAUGCGACGUUCAUGUCUACGGUUGCCCGUCACGAACACGGUGGAUAUGAAAUUACGGGAGCGAAGAAAUGGCAGACUGGCGCUCAUCAUUGCACACACUUCCUUGUAUUUGCAAGAACCUCCGGCAUCUCGGGGUCUGCCAAAGGAAUCACAGCCUUCCUCAUCCCUCGUGACACUCCUGGUAUCCGGAUCGCCAGCUACGAGUGGACACUCAACAUGCCUACCGACCACGCGACCGUGGAGUUCAACCAUGUUUGGGUGCCCGAAUCAGCUAUCCUCGGAGCUCUUAAUCAAGGACUAGCCAUUGCCCAGACAUUUGUGCAUGAGAACCGUAUACGCCAGGCGGCCAGCUCCUGCGGCGCCGCAAAAUUCUGUUUGGAACGAAGCAUUGAGCGUGCACGCUCACGCAAAAUCUGGGGAGAAGGCAGAAUGUUGGCCGACAACCAGGCCAUUCAGUUCCCAGUUGUCGAAUUGAUGACUCAAGUAGAGAUGCUGCGUCUACUCAUUCUGAAGACUAGCUGGGAAAUGGACCGUGUUGUAGCCGCAUGCAAAUCGGCCGAGGUGCAGCAGCCACCGUGGGUUGCUAUUGAGCGUGAGCUAAGCGACCAAGUCGCCAUGUGCAAUUUCUGGGCGAAUCGACUCUGUUGCCAGGCUGCGGAUCGAGCGAUUCAGAUUCAUGGCGGCGAUGGAUACUCUCGCCACUAUCCCUUCGAACACAUCUAUCGCCAUUUCCGACGCUACCGUAUCACAGAGGGUGCAGAAGAGAUACAGAUGCGCAAAAUUGCCGCCUAUAUUUUCGGGUUUGUAGGGCCGAAGAAGAAGAAGUUGGAGGCUAUGGAAAAGGCUAAAGCCAAGAUUUAA